CACAAACCCGUAAAAGCAUAAUGUCGAGUCACACAUUAAGUUAUUAGAUGAAAAAAAAUCAUUGCGGCUUCUUGCAUUUCAUGUCUAUCUACCAUCAGAUUCAAGCCAGCUCAAACCACUUCCUCUGCUUCAGGAUGAAUCCCCAUCUUUCUCAUUAGCAUAUAUUCUCGCGUCUGCUCGCUGUGCCUCCUUUUAUCAGAAAUACUCACUUCUUCGCUUAAGCUGCGAAGAUACCAUCCAGCACUACAAACGAAGAAUCAAACAGAACUACCACCAUGUCCCAGAUAUCAAAACUCCUCCGCCACGCCGCCGAUACAAGCCUCAUCUCUAGCGACUCCAUCAAACCCUCAGUCAUAACUCGUCCCAUAGUAAAUCAUAAUUCUCCGAACCCAUCAGCCAAUAUCAGCAGUGCCACCACGAACAUACGUACCCAAAGAACCACCAUGGCUGACGAUGUUGAAAAGAAUGGAAAGAAGCCAACUGCGCAGAGUGCCGGAACCCCAAAGCCAGUUACCCUCCGCAAGAAGCCAUCCUGGAUUGAUCUCGAAAACUGCAAAACCGACAACUUGUUCCGACAGACCCUCGCAAGUCCAGAGCACAAAGAAAUAUUCGAAGGUAGCAUGAUCCCACUUCCCUCCCCCGAUGAUGGGGCGAAGCGUGGCCAGAUAUAUAGCCCUACCCGGAUGGAUCAAAGGGCGAGCUCAACCUCCGACCAGAGUUCUGCAAGUCAGGAAUCCACUACACCACACCGGUCUCGUGAGAGUGUGAUUUCGGAGACGGGGAAGGAGGAGAAGGAUGCGGAGUUGGAUGAAACUGAAUAUGGGCUUUUGUCGGAACUUGGUACGAGGCCCAAAUCACGUCAGAAAAAGUCGCACAUUGGCCGUCUAGAGAACGAUGCUAUUGGAAGACUCCCCAAGAAGGACAUUCAACAAUGGAUACGGAAUGAGGCAAAUGCACAGUUCGUAUUAGGGAUGCCUCUUGGAGAACUAGAGGAAAAGCUACGAGACGGUGUGCUCGAAAGCGAGAUGGAUAAGCAUUCUGGGAAAUGGAUACGUGCGUACGGUUUGUCCGAGGACGAAUGAUCAACUAGCCUGGGAGUUUCGUGCUUUGGUUUAUUUUCUGUGCGCUUCUCGACACAAUGUACUUUGGUUUUUUGGGUUGGAUGACCAUUACAUAUUUUUUGGGAACUGGCUAACUUAUUUAGCAUAAGCUACACCAUCGAGAAUGAUUUAUCCCCAUGUUUGGUCCUAUUAGGAGUCUCAAUGUAUCUUAUGCGAGUAUUAUAUUUAUCAGAAUUUAACGAGCCGGGUUUUGGCAGUCGUAAGUGAACGUUACGUAUAUAUCAAGUUAAGUACAUCACAAAUGAUUCAUUAUUGCGCUUGGGUAUCUAGCAAGGCAC